AUGGACGUCCAGUCUUCCAAUGCCAGCGGCGCUGGUAACUCCAGUGACUUUGUGCGUGAUCAUCUAAUGUUGGAAGACCCGUCAUACUCGGAGAUUGUUCGAUGGGGCGAUGAAAAUGACAGCUUUGUCGUGUUAGAGUGCGAGAAGUUCACAAAAUCCAUUCUUCCUAAACACUUCAAGCACAGCAACUUUGCCAGUUUUGUUCGCCAGUUGAAUAAAUAUGAUUUUCACAAGGUCCGCCAGAACAACGAGGAAACCGGCCAGUCGCCCUAUGGGCCGAAUGCUUGGGAGUUUAAGCACCCUGAAUUCAAGGCUAACAAUAAGGACUCGUUGGAUAAUAUUCGAAGGAAAGCGCCAGCGCCGCGUAAAGCCGCCCAGAUGACCGAGGAAGCUAUUCCAUCCCAACAAUUCGAUUUGAUGAACUCUCAGAUCAUCGCCCAACAACAGCAAAUCCAGCAACUGACUGAUCGCAAUGCACAAUUAACCGUCGAUUCGCAGGUGCUUCUACAAGAAGUGAUGCGUACGCAAAAAACAGUUGUACAACACGAAUGCGUCAUCCACCAGUUUAUGAAUUACUUGAUCACAGUUGAUGCUCGGCACCGUCGCGAGAGUCGUGCGAACGGCACCUUUACCAGCCAAGAUGGUGUCAACCCCGUUCCAGUCGACGAUAUUCCUGCAUCGCCAUUACAGACAGCAUCGAAGAUUCUGAACGACAUGAAUUCACAGAUGCAUACGAAUCUUGGACAUAUGGAACCUUUGAAUGAUCCUGCUAAGCCAGUGAUUUCUACACCUCCAUUAGCUGCCACAGCACGCAACGGAGUCAUCCGCGCACCAAACUCGGCCGGAUCCAGUGCGUCGAUCGCCUAUCCAAAGAUGAACGGAGAAUUGGAGACUGUCGUCUAUCCUGUAGGAACAACCAAUGGUAUUGACCCGAUGUACAGUGAACACGUGAACAACAUUCCAUAUUCUAUUCCGCCACCAAAGGAAUUAGCCGUCGACACUGGUGAGGCGCGAAGACAACAAUUCUCGGAUAACCGAAAGAAGAGCGCACUCGUUAAUCCAGGAUGGAUCAGACAGCCAAACAUCUUACUUGUUGAGGACGAUGAUACAUGUCGACAGAUUGGCGGAAAGUUUUUGGGCUCCUUCCAAUGUCAAAUUGAAUAUGCCUAUGACGGUUUAGAGGCUGUCAACAAAGUUCAAUCAGGCAAAAGCUACGACUUGAUUCUGAUGGAUAUCAUUAUGCCUAAUCUGGACGGCGUAUCUGCCUGCCAUCUCAUCCGUCAAACAGAUCGUACACCGAUUAUUGCGAUGACAUCGAAUAUCCGUAGCGAUGAUAUUCAGCUGUACUUCCAGCACGGUAUGGAUGACGUUUUGCCGAAGCCCUUUACUCGCAAGAGUCUGCUUGAUAUGCUCGAGAAACACUUGGUUCACCUCAAAACCAUUCCCCCAACGAUUGAUGCGGUGUCGGCCACGCCGAUGACCACGCAGACCUCGACGGCGCAGUCGAUCAAAGAAGACAGCUCUCCUGGACAGUCACCGGCGACGCCGAUGAACAACUGGCAAUCGCCGGGCCAACUGCAAGGCAUGUCACCUGUCCAUCUUAAUGUACAACAGGUACCGCAACCGUACAUGCAGCAAAUUCCUCAAGCUCCCACAACAUUUGCGAUCGACCAAAAUGGAGUGCAAUAUGCACCACCCCAAGCGACCAUCAACCAAGCCGCUGCUGUUCGGCCGCCACACCGGCGACAGAUUUCUGAGAUAUCUGGCGUGCAAGAUCCUGCCGCCUAUACCAAACGACAACGGUUAUACCAGAACCCGCAAAUCAUGGGUCAACAGAACGGCUGA